UGUUAGACGUAUGUUAUGUGAUUAUGUGUCUUCAUGGAAGAUAUAAAUUAAACAAAAAUGAAAGAAAACGAUGGAAAAUUUAAAUUUAAAAUGCAAACAUUAAGAAAAAAGACCAGUCCUUGUAAAUACAAAAAUGACCCGUCACGUUUCCUGAGCGAUGGGGUCUCUUUUCGAGCAAAACUCAUUGGAAUUUUGGAGGUCGGAGAAGCCCGAGGGGAUAGGAUGUGCCAGGAAGCUUUGCAGGAUCUCAAAGUGGCAAUCAGAGCUGCAGGAGAGCAUAAGCAAAGAAUUACUGUUCAUGUUGCAAUCGACGGCCUCCGACUUAGGGAUGAAAAAACUGGGGAUUCUCUGUACCAUCAUCCGGUCCACAAAAUCUCGUUCAUCGCUCAAUAUGACCGAUUCCGAGCUUUUGGGUACAUUUUUGGUUCUCCUGAUAGUGGCCAUAGAUUCUUUGGGAUCAAGACUGAAAAAUCUGCUAGUCAAGUUGUUAUUGCAAUGAGAGAUCUUUUUCAAGUUGUUUUUGAAUUAAAGAAAAAAGAAAUUGAGUUAGCACGUCUGCAGAUCCAAGGAAAAUCUAGAUUGACCGAACUUAGUACGGUAUCGCCUGAAUCCAUAGCAGACUUAGUUGAUUUGGAGCAGGAAUUAAAUUCUCUACAAAGAGGUCUGAAUCAAAUGGAAAGGCUGACACCAUCCGAUGGACCGCAAAGUAUAGUACCAGGAAGUAACAAUUCUGAUCCUUUUGGCGAUUCAUUUGCUUCUUUUGCACCGCCGCCUUGCUUGCCUCCACCGCCUUCUUCUCGAGAUCGUCCUACUCGUUGUGUGGAACCGCCUUUUAGUCCGCCAUUCAGCCCACCAUUCAGUCCGCCUCCAGUACUGAAGACACCGUUUAGCCCCACUCCAUUGCACCAAAGUAAAUCUCCAGCCAUAAAUUUAGCAUCUAAGACUGCCAGCACUAGCUUGACUAUGCAAGAUACAUCAAUUCGAAAAAGUUCAAGCCCAGAUUGGCUACAUGGCGAAGAAGAUAGUUUUGAUGAACCAAACCCUCUUGAUAGUGUUAAUUCAUCUAAGGUUCUUCCAUUCGAUGACAUUUUCACAGAAUUGGAUCCGCUUGGGACAGGUCGAAGCAAACCUUAUGUUGAUAAAAAACAUUUCUUUCAAGAAUUGAAAAAUCCUCCUAAAAAAGUAUUACGAGACUUAGUUGGCGAUAAUGUUGGAUCGAUUUUGCAACCGUUGGACAGUAAAUCUGGAGUUGGUGAUAAAUUUUCUGAUGAAUCUAGUAAAUUAGUUUCUAUAAGUGAUAAUUCGCUACAAGAUAUAGACCCCUUUAAUGACCCAUUUGAUCAAGCAGAUCCAUUCAUUUAUUCGUCGUUUAAACGCCAAAUAGAUCCGUUCGACACUGAUUUUGUUCCAUUUAAAAUAUUUAAUAACCAGCAAAUUAAUCCAAUUAAAGCAACAAGUGAACCACGGACGUCAACAUUAUUAACUGAUACCAAAAUUAGUAUGUCUGAAGAUUCUAAUGAUGGAGAUAAUUUCUUUAACGGUCCCUUGCAAGUAUCGUUACCUCCGGAGCGCGGUUCUUCCUACAUUUCAUCUAAAUCACCGAAGAUGGAAAGACAGUCUUCAACGCCUAACACAGUGAGAAAUCGGCCAACGAAAUUCAGCAAAGAAGGUAGUUUUUCAGAAAGUUUAGAAAAUCCUCCAGAACCUCCUCCGCGGCCAGAAAUCAGUUCUUCGAUGCCACCGCCGUUACCACCUAAAAAGCAAGUCAAUGACAUCAUCAUUAAACCUCCCCCAAGACCUCCUCAUAAUGAUAAUGAUUCACAUUAUGAUUAUAUUGAUAAUUAUAACACAAAACCUAUGGAUUCUUAUACUAAAUUUGAGGAUGACGAUAAAAGUCCACCUCUUCCAGUACCUGCGCGAAAACCUAGAUUUGAGGAUAAUUUCAUACCUCAACGUCCAAAGAAAGAUUUGAUUGAGGAUGAUUAUAUGACACCGAUAUCUUUGAUUAAAAAGGAAUCACAGAGUUUGAGUACAAAGAUUGAUAAGCCAUUAUUAUUGCCACCUCCACAGAGAAAAGAUAAUAUUAAAAAAGAUUCAUCAGAAAUGAAAAUAGAUACAAAAGCAUUAGAUAUGAGUUUAAGUGAUUUGUUAUCUUGUGGUGUGGAAGAAUUAGCUAAAAAAUUAAAUACGCCUGCUGUUAAAAUAACAAAUAUGACAAUAAUUCAAUUAACCAAUUAUUUAAAGCAGUAUCUGGAAGAAGCGAAAAAAUUGCAAAAUAAGGAGGUAGCAAAUGAAGAAAAUUUUGAUAACCAAAACAAUUUUGAUGAUUUUAAUGUAAAACCUUUUGAAGCCAAUUUUGACCAAUUUGAUGAAAAGUCUGGAGCAUAUGAUCGAUAUGCAGUUUUUAGAGAAAUACAAGAAGAAGAAUAUAUGAACAAAACAAUGGAAAGCUUCGACAAUUCUCAAGUGUUUGAUGAGGAUAUUGAAUCGGCAAUAGAUUCAGAAGUCACAAAUAAAGAUGAUGUUGUAGAACAAUCUGUGAAUAAAGUUAAUACUGAAGAUAAUUCCGGAGACAGAUAUGCCGCACUGAGGUCAAUAUUUGUACCCGAUGAUGCUGUGGCUGAAGAAAAUUCUUCUAAUGAAAAUAAUAUUUUUAACGACGAUUUUAAAAACAACACCUCAGAAAAUAAGAAUGAAAAUAAUUUCGAUACUGAUUUAAAAAGUGUUCUAAUGCAAAUGGCAGAUGAUUAUAAAACUAAUGAAUGUAUAAUAUCGAACAAAUUCAAGACUUCACUCUCAGUCACCAAUGACAAACCGGAAACUGAUUUUUAUAAGUCAAUCAGUCAACCAAUAAGUCGCAACAAGUCGCCUAUAUUAGAAAUCAGUAAAUCACCUAAUGAACAAAAUAAAUCGCCAGUUUUGAGCAAACCUCCUGUUAAAACACCAGUUUCUCAUAUAAUACCUGAUAAUGUACCUAAUCAUGUACGCUUAACAUCUGGAUCUUUAUCAGAUGUUAUAAGUGGAUCAUCACCUGAAAUUGACAAUUUGACAGGUUCACCAGAUUUAAAGAAACAAGAAAUAACAUCCACAAGUGAAAGUUGGGCGAUAUUUGACACACCUAAUAAUGCUGAAAAUGCACCAGAACCGCCUAAAACAAUAAAUCAAAGUACCAGUCCUUUACCCAUUUUUAACCAGACGAAUAUUGAUGAUCCAACGAUAGAACUAAAUAAGUCUACUGCUGCACAGCAAACGAAAAUUAUAGAAAGCAUUAAAACUUUGCCUUUGUAUGAUAAUAAUGAUAAAUUAGUUGAUAAUUUAUUAGAUUCUGCUCCUAGUAAAAACAUAGCCUCUAAUAAAAAGUUAGACGAAGGCAUGUCGCCGUGGUCUUCGGAUGGCAAAGAGUUUUAUGGUUCACCAACCGAUUGGCAUGAUAGAGGUUCAACAAGGGAUGAGAGAAAACGUAGACAUCACAGGGAGAGUGGAUGGAGCAAGCCUCAAACAUCUUCAUCUUCCCGUGAUGCAUCACCUUGGGAUGAAGAAUGCCCUUCGGAUCGUCGUGGUAUGGGAGGUCCAAUUCCCCACAAUGAGAUGCGAUCAAGAAGAGCGCGUAAUAGACGCAGAGAUUCUUGGGACGAAGAUGAAUUUGAUUACGAUGAAGAAUGUGAUCAUCCUAAUUGGUAUCCACGAAGGCCGCCACAUGGGCCUGAAGACAUGAUGCGCAGUCGAGAGUAUUUAGACUCACGACCGGGGCCCGGCCGGUACUCCGAUAGGCCUCCUAGACCUAGAGAUGAUUAUUCUGAUAGAAGUCUAGAAGAUGUUCGAUACGAUAGAAAAAGUUUCGACGGACGUGAUAGUUUUGAACGAAAAAGUUUUGAUAGAAAAACUUCCGGUGGCAUUGGUGGAGGCUUUAAGAACUUCGACAGAUCUGAUGAGAGAAUGUACCAUGAGAGAAGUCGUCGUUACGGGUAUAGUAGAGAAGGCUGUGAUAGUUAUGAUGAUAGAGGAGAUUAUGAAAAUUGGGAUAGACAAGAUAUGUAUGAUCGUGAAGAUUUCAAAUACGGUAGUCAGAAGGCUCCUGAUCAUUGGGUUCCUACAGACAGAAAAUAUGGAGGUCGAUAUGCAACUGUCGGUGGUCGGGGUGUGGAGCAUAGAAGACGCGGUAGACCUAGCAGAGAAUGGGGAAGCGAUUGGGGAGCUGGUGGACCGAGUGACGAAUGGGAACAAGAUUCUGAUCCUGAUGAUCGUGGUGGCAGGUACGCAAGGACCGUGCAGCCGCGUACCUGGUCCAGUGAUGCUGUGGCUGGUGGAGGCAUGGAUCGAACAUCAGGUGCAACAUCACCUGUCGAAGGCAGCCGUGAUCCUUCAUUUACAGAAAUGAGACCACCAAGAGGUGAUGUGAGUGCUCAAGGUACACGGUCAUGGAAAAGACCUGCAAGUGCCAAUGAAAGUGAAAGGAGGCCCGAUAGGAAACAUAUGGGACAUCAACAGCUUGGAGGAAGUGACAACGAGCGUGAUAGAAGGUACCGCACAAAAUCUCGAUCGCGCAGUAGAGAAUCUAAUUUCAGCGAUAUGCGCCCUCCUAAGUCUGAGAAAGCAGUAAAUAGAUUUCAGCCACCUUUCCAUCCAAAUAGCAAACAUUAUGUUGAUUAUAAAUCCAUUGAAGACAGUAGUGUUAGACCAAAACAUAAAUUUCCGCAAUCUAAUUUCGAAGAAAAUCGAGAAUUCGAUAUGGCGGCCGCAGACGAAAAAUUCGAUGCAGAUUUCAGUCAAUUUUAUAAUUUACCGCAAAAUUCUAGAUUUAGAGAUAGUGAUCACUCAGACAAAGAUUCGCCCAGAUCUCUGAAUUCUGAUAACAAAAAAAAUGAAUCAUCUACCUUUGCAAAGGGUGGUCUCACUUUCAAAUUCGAAAAUCACUUUGAGGACGAUAAUGAUUUUGAUAACGAUAACGGAUUGAAAAUGAAAGUUGAUAGCAAGCAAUCAUUUGAAGAUGAUUUUAUACCGCCCACAAUGACAAAAACCUCCAAUAGAUUAUCUGAAAACGCCAAUUUCGAAAGCAUUUCUGAAGAAAUUGACGAAAAACUGGAUUCUGUAGGAAAUAUGGAGCCGAUUCAAAAUGAUUUUAAUCACAGAAAUCAAAAUAAGGCAUUUGGCCAACGCAGUAGGACUCAAACUAAAGAGAAUCUCAAAAAGUCUGAAUCUGUUAAUAUUUUUGCCAGAGAUGUGGAUCCUUUUGAUGACGAUGAUUUUUUCAAAAAUGGUUCUCAGAAAACGCAAAAUGAACGUAACAUUGAAAACAGUAGAAAUAAGAAAGAAUUAUUCCAAGACAGAUUGAAAUGGCCUUCUGAUAGUAAGUUUGAGGUUUUUGACGAUUAAUUAAUUUGAUUCGUUAUUACUUCUAAUUCAU